GUUUAUGAACUAGGAGUUUUAAGUAAAUGUGAUGUAUAGCUUAAUCAUGGAGAAUUGUUAUAAAUUGAUAUUUCUGUGUCUGAUAUUUGUUCAAACUCAAGAAAAGGAAAACCACAGAUAGAAUGAAAGAUCCAAAUGGAAGACGUAUUUCGUAUUUCGCAGACAUUGAGGGCAAAAAGUUAAGUUAAAUUAGUUUAUUAAACGUCCCUUCUUUUGCGUGUAGCUGGUAUCAGCAUUUCUAUUUAAUUAACUUCCGUGUUUAUCGGAUUACAUUAUUAGAUACAUUCUUUCAAAUAUUGUUGAACAUUUGAUUUAUCUUAAAAGUAUAUGUCCGUAAAACAUCGAACAGUAAUGCAUUUUGAAAAAAACAGAAUAGUUUGUAUAUUCUAAUUUUGUUUGUAGAAUAGUAAAAAAGCCGGAAUAUAAGUGUUGAUAUACAAAUUUGAAGGUGCCUUCAUCUCGAUCAUGGAUGGUUACCUCAGCAUGGUGAUUGUUUGUCUGAUAGCUGUUCAAAUUCAAGUAAUUUGCGUACAAAUUCCCGAUGAGUGUCAGAGUUGUGGUUGCUGUGCUUACCGAAACAACAAUAAAUGUGAUAACAAUGGUUACUGUUAUAAUGGGUGUCAAGAUGGAUACUGGGGUGACAGGUGUUACAACAAAUGCAAGUACGCUAACUGUUUACGAUGUGCAAGAAUUAAUGGCAAUACUUGCGAGGAGUGUAAAACAGGCUACUACGGAUACAAUUGUGGAUCUUUGUGUGGAACUAAUUGUAAUACGUGUGACAAAUGGAGUGGUUGUACAGAAUGCAAUGCAAUCUAUUAUGGAUCAAGAUGCGAAUAUUACUGCGGAAACAAUUGUGCGAGUUGUGAUAAACGUGUAGGUUGUACUGCGUGCGACACAGGGUAUUAUGGACCCUCUUGCAUGUGUGAUGCAAACUGUGUUCAUUGUGAUAACCUAAAAGGAUGUACAGGAUGCAAACUCGGAUACUAUUCAAAUAAAGGAGUAUGUUAUGAAUGUGUUUAUAAAACCAAUGGGUGCACAUGUUCUAAUUCCCAUAACUGCAUUGGUUGCAUUGAAGGGUAUUUUAAGGAGUCAUACCUUUGUUCACCAUGUCCCUAUAACUGUACAUCGUGCACUACGUCUACACAGUGCACUUCCUGUACGGACGGUCGAUUUGGAAAUAUAUGUCAGUAUAAAUGUCAAGGAAAUUGUAUACAUGGUAGUUGUGUUUCAAUGCAAGCUUUUUGCCAGUGCAAAAGAGGUUAUACUGGUUAUAAAUGUGACCAUUGUAUGUCAGGAUACUAUGGUUUCGGCUGCACGCAGUGUUCACUAGGCUGCUCUGAUACAUGCCAUCAACAUGACGGAUUUUGCACUUGCAAAUAUGGCUGGGCAGGGGAUAGAUGUGACACAUGUGCUGAUAAAUACUUUGGAAACAUGUGCAAUAGAAAAUGCAAUAGUAACUGCGAAGCAUGUACUGCGGAAUAUAACUGUUCCCUUUGCAUACCUGGACGUUAUGGUGAUUACUGUCAAUUCAAAUGUGGGAAAGGCUGCAAACAUAACAAGUGUGAUUUUAAAUCAGGAUAUUGCCAUUGCAAGAAUGAUAAUUUCAUUACAGGAUAUUGUCAUGAUUGUAAAUCCGGACAAUAUGGUCAAACGUGUGAGCAGACGUGUCUACAGACGUACUCUGGAUACCAUAAAUUGCAAAACAUGUAA